UUUUAGGUAAUGGCGUGCGGACCAAAAUGCAUGGCCUUCCUCAUUUUCAUGAGCAUAUGGGGCAUUAUUUUCUUGUCAAUCUUGGGUGGCCUCUACUAUAAUCAAUCAGUUGGACUGUUUGAAAACCUACCCGAUGAAGACCUGAAGGCUUGUAACGGUAAUAAAAUGGAUUGGGAAUGCCGUAAGAAACAUUUAGUAGACCUUUACAAUCAAAACGCCUACAAUUGCUGGGCUGCUGCCCUAGGAUACGUGGCUCUCGCUUUGGUGGCCGGACUCCGACUAUGUUGCCUUCGAUGUAGGAGCUAAAAAUCAGUCGAGUGUACAGCUAAGAGAACGUCACAGGCUCAUCUGGUUCCAAUCACCCAUUUUGUCACAUGCAGAUGUUUCAUUUUUGUGAUUCUUGAAUGUUGCGUCGUUACUACAUCUCGUGUCCUUUCGCAUUUAUGAUGUACAAAUUUUCAAAUAAAAAUAAAUUUUAUGAAUGCGGUAACACUUUUUUCGAAAUCUUAUGUUGGUAUCUCGCUAACCUUUCUUCUUAAUGAUUCUUUGAGCUUUUGAAUUGAAGCGAAAAUCUUCUAAAGAAACUUGAUCAUUAGUCUGAAGGAUAAGAUUGUUCAAAUCGAAAAACUAUGUAAUCGCACACUGACAAUUCCU